CUCGCGAACGCCAGCCCAGCAAAAUACAGAGAAAAGAGGCCUCUAUUAGCAGGGAAAGCAAAAAGUCACCCUCCCUCUCUCUCUUUCGCGCUCCUCGACAAAUAUGAGGCGCGGUUGCAAGGCGACCUAAACAUGGCGGAUAGUAGGGUGGACAAAUCCGCUGGUGUAGGGCAAUCUGUGAAAGGUCCGCUCGUUUUCCCCGAGACGGAACAAGAUGAAGCAUUGUCAGACGAAAAGGUUUUCUGCAUGUUCUGUGAUCGGGAAUUCGAGAACACACGUGGAAAGAACGACGCAGUAUUGCAUCACUUGCUUGUUGAACAUCAAUUGGUGAUUGCUGAUGUGGCACAGAUAUGCGAUAUGAGAAGGUAUUGUGAAUAUUGGAAAGGAAGACUCAAAGAAGAGCCAAUAACAAACUUUUGUACCGUAAUCAAUAUAAACAGCAAACCAGGUGAUAUUGGUCCACAAGUUCACUAUUAUCUCCUUUGUGAUGCUUUACCAGAAGAUAGAGACCUACGGGAAAGGCUGCAGAGAGUACAACUAGAAGAUAUUCUUGAGUGUCAGCAGCGUGAGAGAAGUGACACAAGUUUCUCAAGGACGUGUCUGUUUUGCAAACAGCAUUUUGAAGGCAACCGAUCUCAGUUGCUUUCUCAUAUGGCAGAAGACCAUGGCUUUAAUGUUGGUUUACCAGAUAAUCUAGUUCACAUCAAUGAGUUCCUUGAUCUGUUAGAAGAAAAACUAGAAAGUCUCCACUGUCUUUACUGUGAGAAGGUUUUCAAAGACAGACAAAUCUUGAAAGAUCACAUGAGGAAAAAACAACAUAAGAAAAUCAACCCAAAGAAUAAAGAGUAUGACAAGUUCUACAUUAUCAACUACUUGGAGUUGGGUAAAACAUGGGAACAGAUUCAGAACGAAGGAGAUGAAGAAUCAGAAACCAAAAACCCCGCUGAAACCGAGGAAUGGAGUGACUGGACGGAGACACCGCCUCUUGCUGUUUGCUUGUUCUGUGAAUAUUCAACAACAGCUGUCGCUCAGUUGUUGCAGCACUUGAAGGAUGAACAUGUGUUUGACAUAUUAUCCAUAAAAAAUGACCUUGGUUUAGAUUUUUAUGGACAGGUGAAAAUUGUGAAUUACAUCAGGAAAAAGGUUUUUGAGCUUUCCUGUAUAAAUUGCUCAGAGAAGUUUGAGACCAGGGUAGCUAUGCUAGAGCACUUGAAAAAAUACAACCACUUUGCUCUUUCUGGUGACAGGACAACAUGGGACCAGCCGCAGUAUUAUUUUCCAACAUAUGAAAACGAUGUUCUUUUAUGCUGUUUGGAUGAUGAUGAUGAUGAUGAUGAUGAUGAUACCCAAGAUAAUUGUGGCGACGUUGAAGACAGAGCAACAGAAAACAAAGGUGUUGAAACAAAUAUUGAAUAAUGUAAUUUUUUUAAACACCAUUAAUAUAGCAUGGUAACUGGUCCACUACUAAACCAUAGUAUAGAGAUACUUUUAUCUCUUAAAAGACAAUGACAAGGAUAAAAUAACAAUUUGAAAUAUUGUUUGUAUUUAUUUAUAAAGUACAUUAAGAUUCUGACUGGACAAAGACCCUGCUACCCAUUUAAAAUUUUAUAAAAGCUAUGAGUUGAUAUUUCUCAAAAUACCUGAUUCGAUGUAUAUUAAAAUAUAUAUUUGAUA